GGAGGGCGGUAGGAGCAGGUAAUACGUCAUUAACCAACGUGCUUGACGUUAACUGGCAAAAAAAGAAAAAUAUAUACUUUAAUAAUUUUCUGACUUGUUUCCGUCCGAUAGUGUUAAUCGUUAUCAAAACACAUUAUUCCGAGAAAUCCGAUCAAAGCAGUUAUUUUCCUCUUACGCACCGAUAUCAAACGUUAGCUGCUCAAGAGUACUUCACAGCCGGCCCGGGAAAUAUCACUACGGAGGGAAUAACUUGAGUGUUAUUUACGAUAUUGAGUAGAAUUUUGGCUAUAGGAUUUAAACAAGCAUACCCAGAUAUUGUCGUUUUAGAUGUAGGUCAUUUAUGUAUUUAUUUUUGUUAUUUUUUCACUUACUUGCUCGCUUACUAACUGACCAACUAACUAACUAACUCACCAACUAAUAAUGAAUUAUAUAAAGCAACUUUUUGUGACACCUUAAACUUUAUCUACUGAACCAUUUCCAGAGACUGUGAACACAAGGCUCCCUGCCGUCUUAAAACAGUAAGGUUCUGAUACAGAAUAUUGUUCUCAAAUGCAACAUAAACACGCCCACAACUGAACACAUGGACGUUGCGGAAGUAAUCAGUAAGGCUUGACCUUAGGAUCGCUGGAAAUUCGUCCUGCUACAAGAUUAUGUUGCAGCCUUGUUGAACGUGUUUAUUCUCUUUUCUUAUAAAUUAAUAUCUAUUAAAAAUACACUCGUCGUUGCAAUGGACCCUAAUCUGUUGUACUGGAAAGACCACGGACAGGUAAUAGCAAACAUGCAACCCGUUAUCACAGAUGAGAAUAUCAUUAGACUGUGUUUGAUUUGACUGUGUUCACAUGUUAUUCCUUGAAAGUAAAUAAAUUAAAUCCCCUUCAAGUCAGUCUUCAGUCGACUGCGCAUCUGGGUCAAUCUUCUCGAUCCCGUUUUCCUGCGGGCCUCAGAUGUAAGUGCGAGCACCAUCAGAGAUCCAAUACUAGGAGGAAAACUGAAAAGUUCAAAUGAUUCAAAAUCAUCUUUUUUUAGGAGGAAAUACAAAAGGCCCACGACCUCCUUAAAGAUGGAACAAGCCUUAAAGACGCGGUGAGAUUAUGAAAGGGUCUUCAUCUGCACAUCAGCCCGGUCAGUCAGUCAGUUUCAUGGACCCACAUUUACUGACCUCUUUGUUCUGUGUCCUCCUCCAGGAUGAAAAUGCUCUAAACCUCUCACUUGUAAGUAUGGAAGAAGCAGAGAAGAGCCCACAGCAUGAGUCAAAUAGAUGAAAACUGGCUGACAUUUCUUUACAAAUAUAUUGACUUCCAUUCACUGCCAUUAUUUCAUAAAUCAGCAGGGUUGACUGCUGUUUUAUACUUAACACACAGCUUUUAAAACAAACUUCAGCCAAAGUCAGACUCAAAUUAUAAAGGCUGGUGAAUGCCUCCCUGUGCCCACUGUUUUGGUGGUUUUAUGUUCUCGUCAAGAGGACCUCAUUGUGUGAAAGACCUAAUAAGAGUUCUAUCUUCACAGUCCUCUGUACAUGCUGAUUCUGGAAAACCCCUGCCACUGCUUUUCCGACCUCCAGGUACAGAGCAUGCUUUUCUCAAAUUCAAAUAUUUCUCUUCCACUAUUAUACUCAGGACAUUGUACAUUCAUAUCAUGGAGUAACAGCAGGUAUUUGACUGUCAGAAAGCUCAAAAGUGUUUCAAAUGUAAGGUAAAAUCAAUUUUCAUAAGUUGGUUUGAAUUCCACAUUACGAUCCCUAUCUGAGACUGCAUUGUUAAAAUAAUACAUAAAGUACCAUGUUACCAUGAAUUAUAUCAAUAGAACACUGAAUGCUGCAAAGUUUAUUGAUGCCUUUAUAUUAUUCCUUUUAUUUCAGCAUUCAUGCCUCUAUCGUUACCUUUGGUAAGCCAGUUAUGAAUAAACCCAUCUAAAGUUGACGCAAUACAGACACUCUACCAUUAAUAUUGGUUGUGACAUGAUUGUUUAAAAAAUAUGUUUUCAGGUGGCUGGCAGCGUUUUGCCAAUUCCUAGAGUCUCCAUUGCCCUUUCUUGGCAGGUAAUGAAACAGUCAUUAAAUUGAUCAAAUUCUAAUUCAUAAAUGAGGUGAUUGUGCAUAAAUGAUUGAAAAUGCGUCCUCUCAGUUUUUGCUGCAGAGUUACAGUGUUGGAUUUAACCAUGCAAACAGGAAUUUGUCAUCAGAGCAGGUGAUCAUUUAGAUUAUCAGUCAUGAGAUUUUGAAAUUCAAAACAGUAUUAUUUACUUUUUAAAAUCAGUGAUUUUUAUUUUGCUAUCUCUUCUUUUUCUGGGACACUGAAUCUGUCUUCACCUCUCUCUAACAGUGUAGGAAAGUGUCUUUGAAGCAGCUUCUGAUACUGACUGGGACAGUUUCCUAUGCGACAUGGGCAGGGGUGAGCAUAAACUAUUAUACUCAUGGAAUCUAUGUUUAUUUAAAGUUUAAGAAAAUCUUUAAGGUCAAAAAAGAUGCAAGUUAUCAUUUUCUUUAUUUUUCUUUGUUUUUUUCUAGGCACUUCCUCAAAUUUUCAUCAACAGACUUGGUGUAGGAAGUGCAUCAGCUCUGAUAUUUUUUAGGUCGAUAUUUCCAGUCCCCCUCUCAGGUAAGAUCUUGCCGCUGAUGGUCUUGUUUGCUUUUAUCGUAAAGAGGAUAUCAAUUUGGCUUUUAGUCUGUUUCUAUAAUGUCAAAAAACUUCUCACAGGAGCUUUAGUAAUUUCCCAAGAAUAGGCCAUUGAUUUAAAGGGAUAUUUGGGGAUUUUUUUGAAGAAGGGUUGUGUUGGGUACUUGUCUAAAGCGAUAGCAUCACCUACAGUGAAUGCAAGUCCGUUUGGACCCUUUGUUAAAAAUCUGGUCGGAGAACCAAAACAGGCUGAGCUAUCAACCUCUGCAGACAGGCUCAGCUCUACCUCAUCAUUCACCUCUGAGCUUAACACUAAUGCCUGUGUUAGUGUACUCUCUUAUUUGAACAUUUUCACUGCUUUUCUCUUCCCAGUCAUUUUUGCACUCUUCUCAGAUGCAGCACUAACUGUAUUUGGCUUUCCACCUGUUGCACGCUGAUCAGCUGUUUGGGUCUUUUAAACAGACAAAAAUACAGCUAAACUUAAAAAACAGAGUGAUUUUGACUGUUUAUUGUAGUCACAGACCUCUGUGCUGUCUGGAGAGCAGGAGAGAUCCUAAGUUACCCCUUAAUACAAUGGUGUAAACUACCAAUCACUGACAGUUCUUUAAUGAAAGGUUUCAUUGAAUUCUACUGGAUACAAUCAUCAAGAGAUUUUAGUUUGACUACUGAGGAACUUCCUGUGAAUGUUUUUUUUCCAAUCAAACAGGGGGAAAAACUGUUUUUCCUCAUUCAAAAUUUAGUUGAAGUUUCAGAUUUGUAACUCAAAUAGUGCUUCAUACCUGAUGAUGUGGGAGAGAUAAUUCUCACAUCCUCUUGAACAAAAGGGCUAAAGGUAAAGAAACACUGAACAAACAUUAUCUUCAAAAGCUGGACCUCUCUGGGACCAAAUAGGGACACUUGGUAUUUCUUGAAUCCUCCCCCCAGUAGUCCAUCUGCAUUUUCAGCAAUGGGGCUGAACUGAUCAGCACUCCUCAUGGGUAACACGGUAGCUUUUAUUAAGUGUCCCAUACAGUUCCACUUGGAAAAAAAAACAAAGAACUGUCCCUUCACUAAGUGAGUCAGCUUUGGCUUUUUAACACAUUUUGUGACUCUGCAGCUGCUCUGGCCGUCUUCAGUGUAUACGGCGUCAGAGGUGAGGAGGCAGAAACUGGAAUCAUGGUGUUUGAUUCAAGUGGAAGUCCUGUUGGCCUCUCAAAAGCAGCAGGUCAAAAGGUAAAAAGACAGUAAUGCACAAAAAAAAAAAAACGUUUUAUAUUUCAUAGUGUCUGAUGAGUAGUUGUUCAUUUUGUUCAGGCUGUGAAAGAAACAGCGUUAUCCAGAGCGGCACUGAUGGGUACAGCCACCGCUGUCCCGAACCUCUUGGGGUUGCUUUUAAGAAGGUCAGUCACUUUGACACAGUAUGUUCUGAUCAUGUGGACAAAAAGAUGCCUUAAGACUUCACUGAAUCUUUUUUUUUUUUCUUUUCAAGAAUAAAAUCGUUUCAGAGGAACCCUUUCAAGUUGGUCCUUCUCCCUUACCUCAGUGCUUUACUUGUUAUGGGCUUGAUGAUUCCCACCUCAUUCAGUCUGUUUCCACAGCUGGGGACAGUAAGUGUUUAUGACCGUCCUGUGCACCGAUGUUUUCCCUGUGAUUAGCAAGGCUGAUCCAGACCUCUUUUUCACAGAUAAGGAAGGAAGAUGUUGAAGAGAAGCUAAAUGCUGGAGUACUCGAUGGACUGUUAUAUUACCACAGAGGACUCUGAGGAGCUGUUUCACUAAGUAGACAAGGUCUAAAGUAACCCAUUCCCAUUACUGCACAGCUUUACAACUAUCAUCUUUUCCACAUCAUGCAGCUGUAAAUAUAAAGAAAAUGAAACAGCACGUUCUCCAUCUUUUCUUGGGAAAUGAUUUUUUUAAUACAUUAAAAUACAUGAAAACUGUU